AUGGUAUCAUGUGUAUCUUCUCCGGAAACAAGUUGGUGUCCUUCACCAUUAUCAGUUGAAACAUCAUCGAUUACAAGUGAUGGAAGUGAGAGUGUGUUGGACUUGAAAAUGAGUUCCUUAUCAAGUAUUAAAGAGGAAGAUCUUCAUCAAUCAUUACCUCCUUGUGUGCUGCAGGAUGGAGGAAUGAAUAGUGUUUAUGAUCAUCAGCUUGAACAAGCUAUGGCUGAGGCUGAGAAGGCUAGAUGGGAUGCAUAUCGAGAAACGGUUAGGCGUCGCAAAGCUGAAAAAGAUCUCAUUGAUGCAAUCCGCAAGACUAAUGACACCAAUAUCUUGUAUCAAGAAGAGAUAAAACUAAGGAAAGAGUUAGAGGAAGAACUACAUAAAGCAAAAGAAGAAAUUCACAACAUGAGAAGCCAAAUAGACAAAGUCAAUGAAAAUCUCCAACUUGCCUUGGAUCACAAGUCAUUAAAAGAGAAUCAAAUUGGUGAAGACUCAAGAACACAAUCUCUUCAACUUUUCAAUGAGUUUUCUUUUUCAGAAAUUGAAAAAGCGACUUGUAACUUCAAUCCAUCCUUAAAGAUUGGUGAAGGUGGAUACGGAAGCAUAUUUAAAGGUAUCCUUCGUCACACCGAGGUGGCUAUAAAAAUUUUGAGUCACAACAGCACUCAAGGACCUUCCGAGUUUCAACAAGAGGUUAAAAUAUUGAGCAAGUUAAGGCAUCCAAAUCUUAUAACACUUAUUGGAGUAAACCAAGAAUCCAAAACUCUUGUCUAUGAGUAUUUACCAAAUGGAAGCCUUGAAGAUCAUCUCAUCUGCAUAGACAGAACCAUCCCUCCAUUAUCAUGGAAGACUAGAAUCCGCAUCGCGACAGAACUACGUUCAGCUCUAGUUUUCCUCCACUCCAAUAAACCUCACAGCAUAGUGCAUGGUGACUUAAAACCUUCCAACAUUCUCCUUGAUGCAAACCUAGUAUGCAAGCUAAGCGACUUUGGAAUAAGCCGAGUACUAUCGCGUCAAGACGAUUCUUCAAGUAACAAUACCAAUAGUACACAGUUUUGGAUCACUAGUUUUGCAAAGGGGACAUUUGCAUACAUGGAUCCUGAAUUCUUUGCAACAGGUGAACUUACUACAAAGUCAGAUGUUUAUUCAUUUGGAAUUUUGUUGUUGAUGUUGGUAACUGGGAAAUCAGCAUUAGGAAUAAAGAAUGAAGUGUUGUAUGGUUUAAAGGGUGGAGAAAUGAAAUCAAUGUUGGAUCCUUUGGCUGGAGAUUGGCCUAUUGUGGAAGGUGAAAAGUUGGUUCAUUUGGGUUUGAAAUGUUGUGAUAUGGAUAGAAAAAUUAGGCCAGAGCUUUAUUCUGAUGUGUGGAGGGUGUUGGAAUCAAUGAGAGGGUUGUGUAGCAAUUUAUAG